UAUCAUUCUUUAGUUAUGGAAAUUUACUUGAUUUGGUGAAAAUUGAGGUCAAGUUGUUAAUGAUUAUUGUUAUUUCUUGAAUUUAGGGGGAUGAUUUUGAUUUUUGUUGUUAUUUGAAUUCAAGGGUUAUAUAUUUUUUAUAUAUAAAAUCAUUUCAUAUCUAUGCUUUGAGUGCUAAAAAGUAGCAAAACUAAUAAUUUUUAGAUGAGGGAUUUUUCAUGCUUUAGUGAAAAUGGUGUGCAAGUUGCUGAUGCUGCAUCUUCAUCAAAUGCUUCCAUUACUACAUCAAGUAGUAAAAUUGGUCAAAAUCUUGUUACUUGUGUUUAUCAGUGUAGAUUGCGCAAUUUCUCGAGUUUCAUUAUCACUAUUACUUGGACUAAAAACUUAAUGGGUCAAGGUGUUUCGGUUCAAAUUGAUGAUUCCACUAAUCAAUGUUUGUGUAAAGUUGAAAUCAAGCCUUGGUUGUUUACAAAAAGAAGAGGGGUUAAGAAUGUUGAGGUGGGUUCUAAGUUGAUUGAUAUUCAUUGGGAUUUAGCCUCUGCGAAAUUUGGGGUGUCCCCUGAACCACUUGAAGGUUUCUAUUUUGCAAUUGUUGUGAACCAAGAUUUAAUAUUGAUGUUAGGGGAUAUGGUGAAGGACGCGAAAAACAAGAUAGAUGCAUCUGGUUUUGCUCCAAAUGUUGUUUUUGUCUCUAAAAAAGAGCAUAUUUUUGGGAAGAAAGCUUACUCGACUAGAGGUCAAUUUUGUGGAAAAGGGAAAGUUCAUGAUAUCAUGAUCGAAUGUGAUCUUAUGGGGACAAAUGAUCCGUGCCUUUUGAUUCGCAUAGAUGGUAAAACGCUAAUGCAAGUGAAGCAUUUAAGAUGGAAAUUUAGAGGAAAUUUUACAAUUUUGGUGGAUGGAUUGCCAGUUGAAGUUUAUUGGGAUGUGCAUAAUUGGCUAUUUGGGAAGCUAAUGGGUGAAGCUAUUUUCCUGUUUCAAACGUGUUUGUCAGCUGAGAAAAUGUGGGCAAGUCAAUCCAUUUUGGAGCCCUCUUGGUCAGGUUCUUUACAUAGAGAUCCACAUACUCAAGGUUUAGGUUUUUCUUUAGUGUUGUGUGCUUGGAAAAACGAAUAGUAGUAUGAUCUACGUUUAUAUACUUUUCCUGCAGUGUUAUGGUCUUAUGGAAGAUGUUAUUUCAAUAUAUUUAUUUUGAUAUCUAAUAGAAUCAAUGCAUUAUCUUUUACACUUGUUUGAAA